AUGAACAGGCAACCAACGCGUGAAGAAAUUCAACGAUUCGUACAGCGUUGGCAACAGCUAAAGUCGCAAUAUGGCGAUAAUGCUGUCAAUGUACCUGAAUUCAAUCAUUUGACCAAGAUUAUUCGGUAUAUUCAAGCUAUGCUGAGGCAGCAGCAACCUCAACAACAACAACAGCAGCCUGGAGCCGUAAACAACGCGAAUCAAACGGCUUUUCAGACCCAGCUCCAGCCUUCUCUGACUCCACAGCCUCAACUGCACCCACAACAGGCGGUUCAACAAAAUCUUCUGCAGAUGCCGCAGAAACAACUGCCAUACAUGCAAAUGACCAACGGGAUGGGCAGUGGCGCGUCAAGCGCUAACGGACAGGGUAACGGGAUUGGAGGUCAUGUAGGUGGAGUUGGUGGCCAAGUUUCCGUAGGACAAGUCGGGGGUCAGGUCGGACAAGUUGGUGGACAGGUUGGUGGACAAGUGGGUGGACAAGUGGGUGGACAAAUGGGCCACAUGGGAAUGAUAAAUCAGAUGGGAAUGGUUGGAAUGAACCAAUCUCCCGCUCAGCAGUCUCCGCAGAGCUUGUCGCAGACUCCGUCUAUUCCUCCACAGCAGCCAGGCAAUUUUUCUGGCAUGAACCAAAACUUGGGCCAGAACCUCGGAAAUAUGAACCAAACCGUCGCACAGGGCGGUCAGUCCAUAGCACAGAAUGGUGCAUAUGGCAGAGUAGAGAGUCCGUUCUCUCCACUGCAGAUGCAGCUACUCAGGCUGCAGACUCAGGCCGCCAAAUUUUUGUUCAAGAGUCAGUCAUCCGGGUUUCCACCUGUGCCCCCAAAUAUGAUAGAGAUGGCUACGAAUGAGCGUUUGGCAAUUCCUCCAGAAUCAACUUCCGCGGUCGCUGCUACUCCAUCUAUGCCUGCUCCACUGCCUGGUCCUUCAAAUAUGCAACCAUCAAUGGCGUCGCAGUCUCCACAAUUGCCAUACAACCAAGCACCUACUCCCUCAAGCAAUGCCCGUACGGGCCAGAUGAUCCCCUCCUCUCAGCAGAUUGAUUCUUCGAACAUACCUGGUAGAGCAGAUCCUAAGCACCUUCCAGGCAAACGCAUGUCGAAGUCCAAAUCAGGCGCCGGAACGCCAAUCACAGGGCUGCUAGCUGAUCCUAGCACCAUACAACCCAUCUGCAGAACAGCAGCACCCCCAGUUGAAUUUGCGGAAUUCUCGAAGGAUUUGGAUCUUUCCAAUCAGCUUGUGGUGCCCAUAAGCAAGCCUAACGCGCAGAUCGAUACCUUUGUCCUUCCUAAGAUUGUGGACGAACUGAUCAAAGAUGUUCCAUUUAACAGUUUGUACGCGCCUCAAAGUAAAGUGAGAUGUCCAGCAUUGUUACCAACCAGUUUGGAUGUGGAUGAUCUCAUGAGUAUGCGUGAAUCUUAUAUGUGUCUCCAAAUCGAUGCACAGAUUGCUCAGUUGAAGAAGCAAUUGGAACAUGCUACCAAUGAGCAUGAGAGAACUGAACUUUUAAUUCAAUUGUCACAGCUCGAAUUGAUUCCACAUCAGAAGAAUGUCCGCGGAAAGAUCCUCUCACAGUUGUGGUUCAGCAAGUCGUUGCUUCCUAACUCUCACCCUAACUUUUUGGCCAUAUUUGCGGAGCUUUCAUUGGAUAACGUUAUCAUGACAGAAGAGCUCUACAAGCAACAGCUUUACUCUUUAGUUCAAGCCCAGAACAGAAAGCACCAGGACUCUGUUUCCCGAAUUCUUGCAUUUACCGCCAACAAGCGAGAGCGUUUCAACUCGCGAAAGGAAAAGCUCGAGAGAAUGAAUAUCAAGAUCAACAGUUUCCACUCACAAACUGCAAAGGAAGAGCAGAAGAAGCUUGAAAAGAUGGCCAAACAGCGUUUGCAGGCAUUGAAACUGAAUGACGAAGAAGCAUAUUUGAAAUUGCUUGAUCAUACCAAAGACACCAGAAUCACUCAUUUAUUGAACCAAACCAACCAUUUCUUGGACAGUUUGGCACAGGCUGUUCAAACACAACAACGGGAGUCACAGAAAAACAAUUCUUACGGUGCUGCUCCCGAGGAAGAGAAGGAAAUGGAUGAUGAAAAGCGCGAGAAAGUCGACUAUUAUCAAGUUGCCCAUCGCAUCAAGGAAGAGGUCACCGCACAACCAAGUAUUUUAGUCGGAGGUACAUUGAAGGAGUACCAGUUGAAGGGUUUGCAAUGGAUGGUUUCUUUGUUCAAUAACCACUUGAACGGUAUUCUUGCAGAUGAGAUGGGAUUGGGUAAGACGAUUCAAACCAUUUCCUUAUUGACUUAUUUGACUGAAAGAAAACAGAUUCCUGGCCCAUAUUUGGUUAUUGUUCCGCUUUCGACUUUGACUAAUUGGAAUUUGGAGUUCGAGAAAUGGGCUCCUGCUUUGAAGAAAAUAACGUACAAGGGAACUCCUGUUCAAAGAAAAGUGAUGCAACACGAUAUCAGACAACAGAACUUCCAGGUCUUGUUAACAACCUUUGAGUAUGUUAUCAAGGACCGUAGCUUAUUGUCCAAGAUUAAAUGGGUUCACAUGAUCAUUGAUGAAGGUCACAGAAUGAAGAAUGCUAACUCUAAAUUGUCUGAAACUUUAACACAAUUCUACCACAGUGAUUACAGAUUGAUUUUGACAGGUACGCCAUUGCAGAAUAAUUUACCAGAGCUUUGGGCUUUGUUGAACUUCGUUUUGCCAAAGAUUUUUAAUUCAGUGAAAUCUUUUGAUGAGUGGUUUAACACUCCAUUUGCCAACACUGGUGGUCAAGACAAGAUCGAAUUGAGUGAAGAAGAGACUCUUUUGGUCAUUAGAAGAUUGCAUAAAGUGUUGAGACCAUUCUUAUUGAGGCGUUUGAAGAAGGAUGUGGAGAAGGAUUUGCCAAAUAAAAUUGAAAAAGUCAUCAAGUGUCCAAUGUCUUCUUUGCAAUCUAAAUUGUACAGAAUGAUGUUGAAGUAUAAUGCACUUUUCGCAGGUGACACUAGCGCUGGCAAGAAAGCAAGCACAAUCAAAAAUGCCAACAACCAACUCAUGCAAUUACGAAAGAUUUGUAACCAUCCUUUCGUUUACGAGGAAGUCGAGAACCUUAUCAAUCCGAAGGUUGAGACCAAUGACACAAUCUGGAGAGUUGCAGGAAAGUUUGAACUUUUGGACAGAAUCCUUCCUAAGUUUAAGCAGACUGGACACAGAGUGUUGAUUUUCUUUCAAAUGACACAAAUCAUGGACAUCAUGGAAGAUUUCUUGCGGUUACGUGGAAUGAAAUACAUGAGAUUGGAUGGUGGCACCAAGUCCGAUGACAGAACAGAACUUUUGAAGCUUUUUAAUGCUCCAGGCUCCGACUACUUUUGUUUCUUGUUAUCCACUAGAGCUGGUGGUUUGGGCUUGAAUUUGCAAACUGCAGAUACCGUUAUUAUCUUUGACUCGGAUUGGAAUCCUCAUCAGGAUUUGCAAGCUCAAGACCGUGCUCACAGAAUUGGUCAAAAGAAUGAGGUGAGAAUUUUAAGAUUGAUUACUGAAGACUCCAUUGAGGAAAUGAUUUUGGAAAGAGCCGUGGCAAAGUUGGAAAUCGAUGGAAAGGUUAUCCAGGCCGGAAAGUUCGAUAACAAGUCCACUUCUGAAGAACAGGAGGCGUUGUUACGUGCUUUGAUGGACAAGGAAGAAGAAAGAAGACUCAAAGGAUCUGACGAAGAUGAUGACUUAGAUGAUGAUGAGCUCAACCAGAUCAUUGCCAGAAACGACGACGAAUUGAUAACAUUCCAGGAAUUGGAUACUCAAAGAGCGCUUGAAACCAGAAACGCGGACUACCCAGCACGUUUGUAUACUGAUCAAGAGCUUCCUGACAUUUACCAAAGAGAUCCUCAGCAGUUCUACAAGACGGAUGAGCAAUUGAUCGAGGAGUAUGGCAGAGGAAACAGAGAGCGCAAGACUGCUGUCUAUGACGACAAUUUGACGGAAGAAGAAUGGCUCAAGAAAAUUGAAGGUGUUGUUUCUGAUGAAUCCGAUAGCGAAUUGGGUGGUAGGAAGAAAGGGCGUGCUCGCCGGAAGGAUAACGAAGACUUCAGGAAGAGAGUGCUUGAUGACGAUGAGACGUCCUCCAAGAGAGCAAGAUCGUCCACCCCCAAACCCAAAGGACGUCCAAGAAGCGCCAAACCCAAGAUCAAGACUUCGUCAAACAGGAGCACGCCUGCCGUUGAUGUUCUUUCUCCGGACGAUAGAAUGCAAUUGCAGAACAGCAUUGAUAUCAUUUACGGAAACCUUCUCGAUUAUAAAGAGAACAGCCGAAAAUUGAGUGAUUUGUUCUUGGUAAAGCCAUCCAAGAGAUUAUAUCCCGACUACUACGUCUUAAUCAAACACCCACUCGCUUUGGACAUGGUCAAGAAGAGAAUCAACAAUAAGACCUAUGUUAACGUUCGCGAGUUCCUUGAAGAUGUGCACUUGAUCUUCAGCAACGCUCGUAUAUACAAUGAAGAAGGGUCUGUUGUGUAUCAGGAUGCCACUACGUUAGAGACGUUGGCUUUCGACAAUUACAAAGAAUUAUAUCCUAACGAAGCUGAAUGGGAAGCCACCCUUGACUUCAAGGAAUUUGACGAAAUUCACCUGCUCAAGCCGCUAGCAGUUGGGGGUACUGCGGUAAAACAUCCAGUUGGAACCACCAACACUAAUGUUACAUCCACUGAAGGAACCGUGGAGCUGACGCCCUUCUUUGAUCACAAGGACAUUACGAAUGACUUUGCCUAA